AUGGUCAAGCAAUUUGGGAGUCACUUUGCGCAUUCUUGGAACAGCUAUGUUCAAGACGUCACCAAAGCGGAGGACGAGCUGGAGACUGAGUUCCUAUACAGGCUUGACAAGCUUAAACGGAAGAAUGAAGGUCAAGCCCGACAGAUCAAUCUCCAUGUCAAGCAGCUUAAUGCUCAAGCGCUUGUUAUCGCAGGUCUGGAGCAGGAUAAGCAAGACCUGAUGGACCGUGUGGCAAGGACGGAGACCAAGCUGCGAGAGGGCUCUGAACGGCUCCAAAAACUGGACGAGAAGUGUCGUCUGUACAAAGACCGUCUCAACGCAGCUGUUGGAGAGCAUCAGCAGCUAUACAGCCGCUCCAAGAAACUUUGCAAAGAUACUAUUGACCAGAUGAGAGCAGAAGAGCAACUUCAAAGGUCCUCGAAUGAUCUUGCCAGACAGAAGGCAGAAUCUUUGCGUGAGCAUAUGCUUGAGAAAGUGCGGCUGGUCGUGGCCCAGAGCAAGGCAGAAACUCGUCAUAUGACCGACAGAAUACAAGCCUUGUCUCAGGAGAUAGGAGACCGAGAGUCUCAGAUCCAGCGGGAAAGGGAAAGGUCUGAAAGGUUGCUGAAACAGCUCGACGAGCAACGCGAAGCACACAAGUCAUUCCAGUUGCUGCAAGUGAAGACAGAGAGCAUUCUAGACAAGAUGGACGAGCAUCACACGCUCCACGCCCAAGGAGUCAAAGUAGCCCACGACUCAAGUCGGACCAAGCUGGACGCCGUUAUCGAACACCUCGAAUCUCUGAGCAAGCUGAUUAUACCUCAUUCUGACGCCUUGUCAAAGCUUUCCAAUCAUCAGCAGGAGGGUAUCUCGAAAGUGGUCGCAGGAUUGGAGGCCAUAAUCAACUCCCAGGCUAAUGGAAGGGAGUCGGUUGAAAGGCUUUCAACCGACCUGAAAAGCCACGUGGACGAGAUGUGGCAGAAGCUCGAAACUCGUGAGGAUGCAUUGACCCAGCAACUAUCGGAGAAACGGGGUGAGAAUGCCCUCGUGACAAGGGUGAUGGAAGAACGCGAAGUGGAAUUCCAGGCCCUAGAAGCGCAACUGGAAGAAGCGAACGAGGGUAGCAGGGUACAGGAAGACCGCAUACGCCAGCUCACUGCCAGGGUCACUGAACUUGAGACUGCGCCCCCAGUUGACUCCGAAGAGAUGCUUCGGCUGAAGUCCUUGGAGGAUGAGAACAGCAAUAUCAAGUGUGAACUUGCGGUGAAAGGUGCCCUCAUCGCAGACCUACAGAGCAAGUUGCGAGACAAAGAUAAGGAAGGCAUGGCUGAAGCGAAAAAGUUCAACGACGACAUUAGCAAGCUCUCCCAGCUGAUGCAUGACCAGCAGUUGGCCGGCCGAGCUGCCACGGGCCAAGCCGUCGAGAAUGCUCGCCACCGGCUGAGACUCGAGAUGGAAGGAAUGCAUCAAGAGACUCGAAACUCCCUCCGCCUGGCGGAGAAACAGCGUUUGAACCUCCAAGUUCAACUGCAAGAUACAAUGGCAAAGCUCGCUACCACAGAUCAGCGUUUGUGCCAUGACUCCGCCAGGAUGAUUUCACUUCAAGAGUCCUUGGCCGCUGCAGAAAGUCGCAUCAACCAGCUCACCGAAGAGGCACAGACGAGAGCAGAAGCGGUGAAUCCACAGCAGAAGGCUGCUGAGCUCGCAGUCGACGAGAUGGGGAAGGGCCUGUUGGGUAAUCUCGGUCGGUGGACACAAGCCAGAGGCAUCAACGGUGCUAUCACCCACGACCUUGAGAAGCUUUUCAGUCACUGUAUCGGGACUGCAGACGUUGGGCGCAAGCUUCACGACUUCCUAGAGAAUGCAUUGGCAGACAGAGUUCCACAGCCAAACGGGCCCCCAGUGCGACCUCAUACAGGUAGCGGGUCUCCGAACACAAGUGCACCGUCGAACGAGCGCUUGGCACAGGAACAGGACGCAGAGAAUCAUCUUCCAAUCAGUUUAAGCAUCGGGAGUGAGAUGGACAGGAACCAAAAUGCUAAAGGUUCUGUGUCAGAAGCAAGCGGAUCUAUCGCAGCUCGAGAAGAGGACAUGCCGAGUUCCAAUGCACCGAGUGAUCAGCCGAUGUCACGUCCCGGAGAAGAGGGCUUGAUCAGUCAAGAACCGGAGAGACGCGUCGUGGUCCAGAGCCCGAACAUUGCGCAGGUCAUGCCGGUAUCGCUAUCUGUCGAGCAAGAGAAGGCACGGCGAAGGGAAGUCACCCAACUGAAGUCGAUUAUCAAGACCCGUCAGGAAUCAGACGGGGACAUAAUCCAGGAUUCGAGCCAGGAAAAAGGGUCGGCUGGAGGCGUUAUCCCUGACAUCGGAUCGUUCCUCCGUGGUCCAUAUAACCGACCUGUUGCUGGCUACUCCGGGCGCCUAAACGAAAAGUUUCCACUGGCGGCCCACGUGCCACCAAGAAGUAUAGGCGAGGACCAGGCGAUCUUGGGAUGGCAGCGGAGCCCCUUACCUUGCCGCCGUUGA